AAGACGGAGCUGAUGGACCUGCGGGCGGACGGCUUCGUCAUCAGGAACCAGCACGGGGAGGUGGUGUUCCGGCUGGCGUUCCGCUCGGGGAGCCUGGACCUGGAGUCGUGCUCCAAGGAGGGCGAGAUCCUGAGCUGCACGCGGUCGGACCGGGGGCCGCUCAACUUCUUCAUCCAGACGGUGAAGCCCAAGGACACGGUGAUGUGCUACCGCGUGCGCUGGGAGGAGCUGGCGGCCGGCCCGGCUGUGGAGCACACCAUGUUCUGGGAGGACGCCCACUGGUACGGGGGCUCGGAGAUGAGCACCCAGCACUGGCCCAUCCGCCUGGCGGGCUACCAGGAGCCCGUGCCCUACGUCACCAGCGACGUCUACUCUUUCCGCGACAGCUUCGGGGGCAUCCUGGAGCGCUACUGGCUCUCCUCCAAGGCGGCGGCCAUCAAGAUCAACGACUCGGUGCCCUUCCACCUGGGCUUCAACGCCACCGAGCGCUCCCUCUUCUUCCAGGCCCGCUACAAGGACUCUCCCUACAAGCCCCCGCCGGGGCAGCAGCCCUUCCCCGAGCUGAGCUACCGGGUGUGCGUAGGCUCCGACGUCACCUCCAUCCACAAGUACAUGGUGCGCAGGUACUUCAACAAGCCCUCCAAGAUCCCUGCUGAGAACGCCUUCCGAUACCCCAUCUGGUCCACGUGGGCCCUCUACAAGAAUGAUAUUGAUCAGGAUAAACUCUUGCGAUUUGCAGAAAAGAUUAAGAAAUACCAUUUCAAUUGCAGCCACAUUGAAAUUGAUGACAUGUACACACAGGCCUAUGGGGACUUUGACUUUGACCCUGUCAAGUUCCCCAACGUAACUGAGAUGUUUGCAAAACUGAGGGAAGAUGGGUUUAAGGUCACUCUGUGGAUUCAUCCCUUCAUACAUGUGGAUUCUUCAAAUUUUGGUGUGGGGAUUGAGCGUCAGCUCUUCAUCAAGGAGCCAUCGGGGCGGCUGCCAGCCAUGGUGGAAUGGUGGAAUGGCAUUGGGGCCAUCCUGGACUUUACCAACCCAGCAGCCCGGGACUGGUUCCAGAGUCACCUGCGCCAGCUGCGUCACAAGUACGGCAUCUCCUCCUUCAAAUUUGAUGCAGGUGAGACCAGCUACCUGCCCAAACAGUUCAGCACCUUCCGGCCUCUCUCCGACCCCAGCAUCUGGUCCCGGCGCUACACCGAGAUGGCCAUCCCCUUCUACGAGCUGGCUGAGGUACGGGUGGGCUACCAGUCGCAGAACAUCUCCUGCUUCUUCCGCAUCAUUGACCGCGACUCUGUGUGGGGCUAUGAGCUUGGCCUCAAGUCUCUCAUCCCUACAGUGCUCACCAUCAGCAUGCUGGGCUACCCCUUUAUUUCUGCUGACAUGAUUGGAGGAAACUUCCUCCCCAACAAGACGGAUGGAGCAGUUGAGAUCCCGGACCGGGAGCUGUACAUCCGAUGGCUGGAGCUGUCGGCCUUCAUGCCCUCCAUGCAGUUCUCCAUCCCACCGUGGCUCUACGACAAGGAGGUGGUGGAGAUCGCGCAGAAGUUCACGGAGCUGCACGAGUCGCUGGUGGCCCCGCUGCUGCUGGAGCUGGCCGGGGAGGUGACCGACACGGGAGACCCCAUCAUCCGGCCCAUCUGGUGGAUCUCGCCCCGCGACGAGGCCACGCACCGCAUCGACUCGCAGUUCCUCAUUGGGGACACCCUCAUGGUGGCUCCUGUGCUGGAGAUGGGCAAGCAGGAGCGUGACGUCUACCUGCCGGCGGGCAAAUGGCGCAGCUACAAGGGGGAACUCUUUGAGAAGACGCCAGUGCUGCUCACGGACUAUCCUGUCGACCUGGACGAGGUCGCCUACUUCCUCUGGGUUUCCUAA